UGAAUUAUACUGCGGUGCACGGCCCGAGCACGGCUCAGUCGGCGAGUUAAGCUCAUCGGAUGCGUGAAGUCAGCAGCUAGGAAAAGCACACAGCUGGGUGGAAAAUCUCCUUGGACGGAGCAGCGCGCUCUCUCUUAGUGAAAAUUUUGAGUGAAGUGAAACGUAAACGUAGCAUUUGAAAUCACAAAUCAACGGGUACACAGAAUCUUAAAGGAAUCGGAAUCGCACGUGAAACACGGUAGUAGAACUAAUACAAGUCUUCUCCACGGAACAAAAGAAUAAUAAGAAGUUGUAGGAGAAGUUUAAACUGCGCCAAGUGCAGCAACAACAAAAAAGAAUCUUAAAUGUUUGAACUACCGGAUCCGAAAUAACUGAGUGUUGAAAAGUGUCUUGUAUCUCUCUCAGUGUCACCGUGUGUGUGUCUUAAGUGUUUUGUGUUAAAUCAUGGCGGACCAUGAUUUUGCGCCGAGCUUCACCCAGAAGCCCCAGUUGCGCCAGGAGGACGACGGGAACCGGCUGGUGUUCGAGUGCCAGCUGAUCGCGAAGCCCAAACCGGCGAUCGAAUGGUACCGCAGCGAGGAGUUGCUGUCACAGAACAGCCGCACCAAGUUCAAGAUCCAGAACUUUGGCGAGAACAAGUACUUUGUGGUGCUGGAGCUGGACGACGUGAUUGACACCGACGCGGGCCUGUACAAGGUUAAGGCUAAGAACCGGAUGGGCGAGGUGUCCGCCUCGAUCAACCUCAACUUCAGCCAAAGAGUCGAAAAGCGAGAACGACAAAUCGAUGGUCUCGCACCGACCUUCAUCAAGAAGCCCUCGAUUCAGCAGGAGAACGACGGCAAGCGGCUGAUCUUCGAGUGCCAGAUCCAGGCGGACCCAAAGCCCCAAAUCAGGUGGUCCCACAACAGCAAAGUGAUCGACAACACCCCGAGGCAUAAGUUCAAAGUGCAAAACGAUGGCAAACUGUACUGCGCAACGCUAGAGGUGGACAACGUCUCGUUUGAGGACUCGGGCAAGUACAAGGUCACGGCCAAGAAUGAACUGGGCGAAUCGAGUGCUACAAUCAGCUUGAACUUCGACAGUGAGGAAGUUCCGGUCCCAGCGGAUGGUUUUAAACCAGCCUUCACAGAACGACCUGUCACACGACAAUCGGAUGACGGCAAGAAUAUUAUAUUUGAGUGUAGAUGUAUCGGUGAUCCGAAACCAACGUACACAUGGUACCACGAAAAGAACGAAAUCACGAUGAGUGGCAGGUUCGCGAGUGAGGUCGAGGAAGACCAGAAUCACUGCUACCUGAUACGGUUCACAAUCAAGGAUGUGAAGCAGCUGGACCGGGGCGUAUACAGCGUGCUGGCGAAGAACAAGCACGGCGACUCGUCGGCGAUCAUUAACCUGAACUUUGAUUCGAGUUCGAAGCUAGUGUAAGUGUCCACCAUGAGAGGAGGAGAGGGGUUUCCUGAAGAAUUAGGAUCGUGUUGGUUAGGAAUCGGAAGGCGGUUUUCAGGAGCAGUUAUUGUUGGUUGAGCUUUGAUUUUACUUGGAAAUAAUAUGUAGGGUAGUCAUCAAUGAGACACG